ACAGUUUCAAGUUUCAAUAAAUUUGUCUUGUAGCUAUUGACAUUAUUUAACUAUUCACUAUUUCAUUUUUUAUUUAUAUACAACUAUAUUUUAAAAUCAUACAAUAUAAUAGAUUAAUUUUUCUUCAUUAAAUACGAAUUUUACAGGAAGAGGUUAAUUUAUUAUUUGUCAUUAUAAUGCGCUAAGAAGCUCGCUAAUGUGUUUCAUACAUAUCGUAUAAUAAUGGAGUAUACAGCUCAAAAUUUGGAAUAUGCUGUGUCUGUUUUUUAUAACGGAGAACAACAAGACAGAGCAAAGGCACAUGCAUGGCUUACAGCCGCACAGCGGCUUCCAGAAGCUUGGAAUUUUGUGUGGGAAUUACUUCAACCCAGCAAGGGUACAGAAAUUCAAUUCUAUGCAGCUACAACUCUGCACACCAAAAUUCUUCGUUGUUGGAAUGAAGUUCCUCCAGAAAGUUAUUCUCAAUUGAAAGAAAAACUAUUACAAGCAGUAAUUGGUUAUUCCAAAGGCCCUAAAAUUGUUACAAACAGAUUAUGUAUAAGUCUAGCUGCAUUUAUUCUUCAACAAGGCUCGAGUGAUUUAGCAGAAAUUUUGAGGCCGUUAUCAACAACUGAAAACACUUCAUUACUUCUUGAAGUAUUAACUGUGAUCCCUGAAGAAUAUAAUAGUAUGACCAUGGGAACAUAUUUACGGUCAAAAAAUCGAGCAGCAUUAAACGAAGCAAGCUGUAUGGUCUUAGAUGAUAUGCUGAGAUAUCUACAAAGUGUUUACAACGACUACAGCUGUCAACCACCAAGUGAAGAGACAGUUCAAUCAUGGACAAAUGCGGCGACGUGUGCGGCGAGUUGGCUCUCCCUGGGCGAGGAGGACGCGCUCGACUGCGCCACCACGCUGCCCGAGCGGGCGCCGCUCUGUCGCGCGCUGCACACGGCCGUGCAUGUGCUCUGCACGUGGAACGAGGCCGUGAGCGACUCGGCGCUGGAGGCGUGCGAGGCGUGCCUGUCGGCGGUGCGCGCGGCGGGCACGGCGGGCAGCGCGCACAAGUUCGCGGCCGCGGCGCGCGCGCUGCUGGCCGACCUCGCCGCGCUCGCCGCGCCGCUCUUCGCCAAGAACGACACGCCCAACUCGCUCAACGAGGAGUUGCUGUCGGCUGUGAUCACGUGCUGCGUGUCGGUGAGCGAGUGCCACGCGCGCGAGUUGGUGCAGGCGGCGGAGGAGGAGGAGCCCGGGGUACGCACGCUGCUGCAGCUGCUGCUGGCCGCCCAGGCCGCACCCGGACACUACCCGCUGCACGAGACGCGCUCGAACCUCGUGUUCCGGUUGUGGUACACGCUGCAGAAUGAAAUAUCUCAUACGUCGGACAGAACGCGGAAAAUGAAUCCACUGUGGCAGGAAGUCUUCACGCAACUUCUGAUGACGCUGGUAAAAAAGUCCGAGAUGCCCCCCGAGUCGGCUCUCUCGCGCGUCGACCAGGAGCUCCUCCGAUGCUACAGGCAGGACAUCGCCGACAUAGUGAUGUACUGCUUCAUCGUGCUGGGCGAGGCGAGCUGGGCGCUGGUGGAGAGCGCGUACGCGUGCGCGGACACGGCGGCGCAGCGCGAGGCGGCGCUGCACGUGUUCCUGGCGCUGGCCGACGCCGCGCCGCACGCGCACGCGCCGCCCGCGCUGGGCGCGCUGCUGCAGCACGCGCUGCGCCUGGCCGCCGCCGCGCGCGACGCCGACACGCUCACCACGGCGCUCGACUGCCUCGGCGCGUACGCGACGUGGCUGAGCUCGCUGGAGAGCGCGGAGGGUGCGGCGCUGGGCCGCGAGUGCAUGCGCGCGGCGGGCGCGGCGCUGCAGCGCUGCCCCGCGCCCGCCGCGCUGGCGCUGCGCAAGCUGUGCGUGGACUGCGCCGCGCCCGCCGCCGCGCUCGUCGCCGACAUCGUGGGCGUCGCGCUGGCCACGGACGGGGACGCCUGGACGCGCCGCCAGCUGCUGAGCGCGGCGGGCGCGGCGCUGGCGGCGUGCGAGGUGUCACAGGCGGCGCCGCUGCUGCGCGACCUGGCGCGCCGCCUGGUGGCCGACCUCACCGCGCAGGCGAGCGAGGGCGGCAAGUGCGGCGCGGCGGAGUGCGUGUCGCUGAUGUCGGCGCUGAGCCCGCAGCCCGAGCUGGCGCUGCAGCUGUUCCGGGAGCUGCUCCCCGCCCUGCAUCUGCUACCUAACAAUCCGCAACUUACGCAACCAAUGUUUCAAAUUCUGAAACAGACGAUAGGAGCGGUGAUGGAUAACAUCGAGCCUAUCGUAGAGGACGUGGCGAAACUCAUAAUCGCCGGGUUCGAGACGCAACUCUGUCCCGUGGCGCUGGACGUCGUUAAACUUUUCACAGUGCUGGUGGGCGGGCUGUGGGGCGGCGCGGCGGGUGUGCUGCGCUUGGCCGUGAUGGCGACCGUGCGCGCGCUGGCCCCCGCCGCCGCCGAGCCCCCCUCGGCCCCCUCGGGCCCCUCGCCCGCCGUGUGCGCCGAGCCCGAACUCGCUAAGGAGCUGUUCGCCGUGCUCACGGCGCUCACAAAGAAGAUGCCGCACGUCAUGGACUGGAUCGAGGACCUGCUCCCCGAUCUCGUCGAUUUGGCGCUGAGCAGCAUGCGCGCGUGGGAGGCGCGCGCGGCGGCGGCGGCGUGCUGCUGGCUGGCGGCGCUGGCGCUGCACCGCGCGCGGGCGCUGCACGCGCGGGCGCCCGCGCUCACGCACGCCGCGCUCUCCUGCAUCGGCGGUGCGACGCCGCGUAACCAAAUGGAACCUCUCGCGGAACUGCUGCUGGCACUGAACCGCGCACAGUGGCUGGGCGAGGGAGGGGCUAAGGCGGCAGGGGGGGUGGAGGUGGGCGAUCUGGGGGUUUGGCUGCGUGUGUCGCUGGCGCACGCCGGCUUUCCGUCCACACACGCCACUGAUGCGCACAAGCAGAAGUUCAUCCAGGCCGUGCUCAGAGAGAAAAGCAGCAAGCGACGAUUGUUAGAAAGCGUCCAAGAGUUCUCAUUGGCGUGUCGCGGCCUGAUCGGAACGGAGUACGCGCGCCAAUCGAUCGCUUCUAAGCAAAUGAUAGCCUAAGCAUUGUUGAUAAACAUUAGUAUAAACGUUGACCGAAAUCUUACCGAGUGUGUUUUCAUGAAGAUUUUCGAGUCUAUAAAUGGCUGUAAAUUAUUUUUACUUGUCUAAUCUAUGUUGUAAAAUUGUAGAGAAGUAUGAAGUAUCUCAUUUGUUGUACACAAAACUAUAAAAAUUUUGGUGCUUAAUUAAGUUCUGACAAUUCAUUGAGUCGAAAAUAUUUCUUAUUGUUUUUAUAUUUUUAUAUAAAA